AUGGCUGGAAAACCCACUGCACAGUCCAUGGACGUGACUGAGGGCAUCACCCUGCUACUCGUGUCAUUCAUGUCCAUAGCUCUAUACAAUGCCCUCGAACUCUUCUUCUGGAUUUUUGACUUCUUCAAGCGCCGCCGCGGCUGCUACUUCUGGAGCAUGAUUCUCAGCGCCUUCGGCAUCCUUAUGUAUACCACCGCCCAGGUGAUCUUCUUCUUCAACCUCGCUCCCCAUACCGCAUGGGCCCCCCUAAUCUCCAUCGGCUAUCUCAUCAUGUCCACUUCCCUCGUCAUGGUUCUCUACUCCCGGCUCCACCUCGUCACCAGCGAUCGUAUCGCCCGCUGCGUCCUCUGGAUGGUCAUCAUCACCACACUAGUCUUCCCACUCCCCAUGCAGCUCCUCUUCCUCAUCGGCAUCUUCAAGCACAGCAUGCGCGUCCUCGACGUCAGUCUAAUCUACGAACGCCUCGUCAUCACCGUCUCCUGUGCCCGUGAAUACAUCAUCCUCGGUAUCUACAACUUCGAAGCAUUCCGGAACCUCAAACACGUCAUCGCCAUCAAGGGCUCACAGGGCCGAAAGGUCCGCCGGAUCCUCAUCGCAACCACCUUCAUCAUCGUCUGCCUCGACACGGCCCUCCUCGUCACGGAGUUCCAAGACCGCCGCGCCAUCAAAAUGACCUACAGCGCCUUCUCUAUCAGCAUCAAGCUAAAGAUGGAAUUUGCUAUCCUGAACAAACUCAUCAACCUCGUUCAGAGCCCUGCCUUCUCGGGUGGCCUUUCUUCUGACCCUCCGUCUUCUGACCAACAACCCAUCCAUUCACACUCUGAUACUCAUUCUCACGCUCCUUCCCGUGCCCAUUCUCUUGCCCAUUCUUUUGCUCGUUCAUGGAAUCCCUUCCGGCGUGGCGAUUCUCGUACCUCUACUUCGCGUGUCGGGAAUGGCCUGUUUGCGGAGGAAUCAGGCCCCAAUGGUGCCGGACUGACGCGACAAGCCACGCUCGACGAGUAUCACGCGCCUAUGAACGCGCACAUCGGCGAUCAUCAUCAUCACCACCAUCACGUCCCGGCACGCACGUCAUCGUGGGACGAGCUGGUUCAGGAGCCUUGCACGGAGCUGUCGUCCGGUUCCGGUGGUAAGGGGACGGCGGUGGUAAGUCAGGAGAGUAAGGAGGUGUGA